AUGGCAGAGCCCUCAAUAUUACGCUUUCCCAUCUCGGGCAAAGAAAGUGACAGAUACUUCCUCCUAGCAGUUUCCUCCAAUGGAUCACGGUUAUUAGAUCUCAAGUUGGUUGGGUCAGAAAGCACAGCUGUGUUCACAAUGAAAUUACGCCAUAAAAGGGUCGGCGACUACAAAGCAUCUAGUGGCCCUUGCUCCCACGAAGAGUGGGAAGAGAUCCUAGUUUCAACAUUGGUCAGCCAGCAGCCGGUACCCGACAUCGAGAUUAGAGCUGAUGCUCAUUCGGACGGCACCUCGCAACGUCUUGGAUCUAUUAAGCUAGAAGAAGAUGAGAAGACCGAAAUUUCUCCUUUCGAUUGGUGCAUUUCAGCCCUUGGAUCCCGAGAGAAAGUCGAAGAGGAUCUGGCCGCCGCUAACCUCAAGAUCCAGUCCCUCGAGGAUUCCCUUGCCGAGCUCAAAGGUCAAUUGGAUGAUCUUAUCAAGGCAAAGGAUGAGGAUGAGACGCAGUUGCUUGAGAAGUUCCGAGACCUCAUUAAUGAGAAGAAAGUUAAGAUCCGGCAACAACAGCGUCUACUAGCAUCGGCGAGUAUUGAUCCCGAAAAACUCGCAAAUGUCAAUGGCUUCCAGACCACGCGGAAGCACGUACCUGAAUCAUCCCGUGCUUCCAAGCGCAAAGUGAAAGAAGAAGAAAGCAGUGAUGACGGAUUCGAGAAGAUGGAUGUCGAAGAGGGUGAUAAUGAGAAUGCGCAGGCAGACGUCGAGGAGGAUCAUGGGGAUACUACAGCAGGCGAGACGGCAAGUGAAGCAGACACAGACGAUGAGCCAGUACCCCCACCGGCAAAAUCUCAGAGGAAUCGGACUACUGUCCCGACACGCAACACUCGUGCAUCAACAGCAGUGGAAGAAAACUCUCAAUCUGAGGCUUCACAGGAGGAGAGUAAGCCACUUCCGCCGCCGCGAAGUUUACCGUUUAUGAAAAACAAGAAGCCUGUAGCUCCAGCACAGAAGCCAGUUGACGACGAAGAAACAGAAUCCGAUGAUGAAUUAUGA